AUGGAAUGUUGCUUAACAGAAUCGGGGAAGAUAUGUAUGGAGAAAUUGAUAGAUAAGGCAAUAGCAGAAUUACGUCAUGUAUUUUGCUUCACAAGCACUGCUAAUGAAUUCAGAGAAAAAAAGACUUGGCUGGAAGCAGAAAUAAAAACAAUGGAGCAACAUGCUAAAGUGGCAGCAGGAAAUGAUAAAGAUAUUGAAGCUGAUUAUCAUUUAUGGAAAGAGAAAGCGGAAAAGCUCGUUCAAGAGGACAUCCUAACAAAACAAAAAUGCUUUUUUGGAUUAUGUCCUAAUUGCAUAUGGCGAUAUAAAAAGGGAAAGGAGUUGGCAAAUAACAUACAAGACAUUAAACAAUUAACAGAAAAGAGAGGGACAUUUGAAAAUAUUGAAAUCUCUCGCCGUCUUCCGGAUGUUGAACGUUACUCAUCUAAAGAUUACAUUUCUUUUCCAAGUAGAGAUUCAAAAUACAAAGAGCUACUGGAUGCAUUAAAAAAUGACAACAAUUAUAUGAUCGUAUUGCAAGGGAUGGGGGGCACCGGAAAAACUACAUUGGCCAAAGAAGUGGGUAAAGAACUAAAGAAGUCUGAACAAUUCGCUCAUGUAAUCGAUACAACAGUCUCAUUUACUCCUGAUACAAAAAAAAUUCAAGAUGAUAUUGCUGGAUCUUUAGGAUUGGAAUGGGACGACUGUAAUGACUCAGACCGACCAAAAAAACUAUGGAGCAGAUUAACAACCGAUGAAAAAGUUCUUCUAAUAAUGGAUGAUGUGUGGGAUCAAGGCUCACCUCUUGAUUUUGAUCUAAUAGGAAUUCCAAAACAAGACAAUCACAAAGGUUGCAGAGUUCUUAUAACUACACGAAGUAAACAAAUAUUCAAUAUAAUGGGUUGUGAUAAGAUGAUUGAAUUGGAUAUCUUACCUGAAGAAGAAGCAUGGACCAUGUUCAAAAUGUAUGCAUGUAUAAUCGAUAAUUCUUCCAUAAGUUUGAUCGCCACGGGACGUGAAAUUGCUAAGGAGUGCAAACAAUUACCGGUUGCAAUUGCAGUUAUCGCCAGAAGUUUAAAGGGCCAACAAGAUCGUAAGCACAAGUGGGAUACUACCUUAAAAUUAUUGAAGGAAACUGUGUCCAUGGACAAUGUUGAUGAAGAAAAGGUUGGAAUUUAUAAAUGUUUGAAGUCUAGCUAUGAUGGUAUGAAGUAUGAAAAAGCCAAGGGAUUGUUUCUAUUAUCUUCAGUAUUCCCAGAAGAUAAAGAAAUCCCUAUUGAAAUUCUAACUAGACUUGGCAUUGGAACGGGCCUUUUUGGGAAGAAUUAUGGCAACUACAAUGAUGCUCGAAACCAAGUAGUUGUAGCUAAAGAUAAACUCAUAGAUUCAUGUUUGUUGGUGGGGGUCGGUGAAGAACAUGUAAAAAUGCAUGAUUUGGUUCGUGAAGCGGCUCAAUGGAUAGCAUACAAAGAGAUUCGACAUGUUAAUUUAUCGAACAAAGAUGAAAAAUCAUCUGCUCAAAAGGAAAAAAAUAUGAAAUAUUUAUUUUGUGAAGGGAAGGACAUGGAUUUGUUUUCCUUGAAGUAUGAUGGUUCCAAGCUUGAGACUCUAAUUCUCGAUGUCGAAAUGGAUGAAGACCGUAAAUAUAUGGAAGCCCCAAAUUCUUUCUUUGAUAAUAUUGACCAUCUUCAAGUUUUGUACAUUUUAGGUCAUGACAAUCGAACCCUAUCAUUACCAUAUUCAAUUAGCUCAUUGGCAAAUAUCGUAUCUAUAUUGGUUGAUGGAGUUGAUUUAGGUGACAUCUCUAUUUUUGCAAAUCUGCAAAGUCUUGAGACUCUUGAUUUGGUUAAAUGCAAAAUCAAUGAAUUGCCUCGUGAAAUUGCAAAAUUGGGGAAACUUAAAUUGUUAAACUUGGAAAGGUGUGAAAUUACAAGGAAUGAUCCAUUUGAGGUUAUUGGAAGAUGCUCAACACUUGAAGAGUUGUACUUGAUAGAUAGUUUUAAUGAUUUUUGUCGAGAAAUAACCUUACCUGAGUUGAAAAUGUAUCAUAUCCAGAAAGGGCGGAGAAAGCUUCUUAACUCACUAUCAAAAUAUGUGUCUUUUGAUGCAGGUCGUGGUGAAUGUUUUUUUUCAAAAGACACAUUCAAGUAUUGCAUGCAUACAACAGAGGGUCUUGACUUAAAUGGAAUUAAGGAGGGAUGGAGAAAUCUCAUGCCUGAGAUUGUUCCUAUAGAUUCAGGUAUGAAAGAUCUUGUUGAGCUGCGUUUGAGUUCUAUCUCACAGUUACAGUGUCUCAUUGACUCUGUUGGUUCUCAAGUACCAAACAUAUUUCCCAAUUUGGUUGUACUAAAAGUGAGCACAAUGGAAAAUUUGGUAGAAUUGUUCAAUGGCUCCCUUUCUUUUGACUCUUUGAAAAAUUUAGAGAAGUUGUCGAUAAAGAAGUGUAAAAUGUUUCAAAGAUUGUUUAAUUGCAAGCUAAAUCUCUACAAUCUAAAGACCGUGACACUUUGUGAUUGCCCAAUGUUGGUAAACCUCUCUUCACUGUUAACUUCUCGGAACCUGAUGCUGCUAGAGAAAUUGAAAAUAGUUGAUUGUGAAGGAUUGACAAACAUAAUAAUAGAGGAGGGAUCAAAAGAACAUGAUAAUGGUAAGAAGAGUUCUGUCUCAAUGUUUCCAAAACUAAAAGUUGUUGAAAUUGAAGGAUGUCAGCUAUUAGAAUCAAUACUUCCCUUCCUCUCCUCUCAAGACCUUCCAAUACUUGAAGCUCUAAGAAUAAGAAGAUGUCAUAAGCUGGAAUAUAUAUUUGGCCAGUAUGUUGAACUGAGUUCACUCAAAGAAAUAGAUCUUUGUGAAUUACCAAAUUUUAUGGCCAUUUUUCCGAAAUCUUCCACUUCAAGAGAUGGUUUCAAGGAACAAACACAUGUGGACCCAGUCAAAUGCAACCUCUUCUCAUGGAGUUGUAAAUGUUGGCAUAUGUCAACUACUAAAGUCCCAUCGGUUCAUGAGGAUUCACUGCAGAAGAACUCAACACCAUCAGUAUCAAAUUCACAAUGUCUACAGCUAUGGGAACGUGCUCAAUGCCUUCCAGUACAAUCACACAUCAUGUGCAAUAUAAAAGAGAUUAAGCUAUCUGGUUUUUUGAAGAUAAAAUCUUUGUUUAUCUUUUCUAUUACUCCAGUAAUGUUGGUGGAAACUUUGACAAUUUCGAAAUGUGAUGAAUUGGAGUACAUAAUAGCAGACAUUGGAGAUGAUGAAAGAGGUGGCAAUAAUUGGGGAAAUGCCUUCCCAAAAUUGAAACAGCUUUACGUAAAUGAAUGCAUGCAAUUGAAAUACCUAUUUGGGCACUACACUAAUGACCAUCCAAACCUUCAUCUUCCAGCAUUACAGUAUCUCAAACUUCGCAAUCUGCCAAGUUUAGUUGCCAUAUGUCCCAAACAAUAUUGCACACCAUUUCCACCCUUGGAACAACUUGACAUCUCAGAAUGCUGCCAGGUUGCUAUCAAAUCUAUUGGUGAAUUCAUUAUUAAUCAUUCAGAAUCAGAAUCUCUUGACAAUACAAUCAUCAAGGGAUCAAGUUCACACCAUAUUCAAAUAUGGGACCGUGCACAAUGUUUUCAAGCACGAUUGCUUAACAUGUGUAAUGUAAAAGAAAUUACACUUUGUGAUAUUUCGAUGAUAAAAUGGGUGCUCAUCAUGUCUAUUACUCCAACAAUGUUGGUGGAAACUUUGACGAUCAAAAACUGUAAUGAAUUGAAGCACAUAAUAGUUGACAUUGGAGAUGAUGACAGUGAUGGCAAUAAUUGGUGCAAGGUCUUCCCAAAAUUAAAAACUCUCCGCGUUGAAAGUUGCAAGAAAUUGGAAUACAUAUUUGGACACUACACUGAUGACCAUCACAACCACUCUAAGAUUCACCUUCAUCUUUCGGCAUUGCAAAGUCUCACUCUCAAUUGCCUACCAAGUUUAGUUGCCAUAUGUCCCAAACAGUAUUGCACAACAUUUCCACCUUUUAAAAACCUUCGCCUCUCAGACUGCUCUGAGGUUGCAAUCAAAUCUAUUGGUGAAUUCAUUAUUAAUCAUUCAGAAUCAGAAUCUCUGUUAAAUACAAUCACCAAGGUGAGUGGGAGCAUUGAAAAUUUUGUUGCUUUAGAAAGUCUCUGGCUACAUAAGUCCAAAGCAGAAAAUAUACUGUGUCUCAAUGAAAUAGAAGGAGAACCAUUGAACUUAAGGUUGCGAUGGAUUUACUUAUACGAUCUGCAUUAUAUGAUGUACCUUUUUGUAGGUCCCAAAAAUUCUUUUGCCCUACAAAACCUUACAAGAAUAACCAUCAGGCAAUGUGAAAUAUUGGAAGUAGUUUUCUCUACUUCUAUUUUAAGAUGCAUAUCACAAUUGCGAGAUCUAAUUAUAUUAAAUUGCAAACAGUUGAAGCAUAUCAUUGAAGACGACAGGCAGAAUCAAAACCUGUCCUUAAGGACUUGUUUUCCAAAACUAAAAACACUUUCCGUAAUAAAGUGUCACAAAUUGAAAUAUGUCUUUCUGGCCUCCACAUGCAAAGAACUUCUGAGGUUAGAGAAUUUGAUGAUCAUAGAAUCAGAUGAGCUUGAAGAAAUAUUCAAAUGCGAAGGUGACCAGAAAGUCGAGAUCCCAAAUCUAAAUAUUCUAGUACUUGACCACCUACCAAGCCUCUUCCACACCCAAGGAAUCCUAUUUCAGGCGGCAAAAAAUCGUUAUGUACAUAGUUGUCAAAAUCUCUCUUUGACUUCAGCCUCUACUCCUUUUGUCAUUCAUGACAUUGAUCGGCAUUACAUAGAUCUUUAUACAAGGGUUCUGCUUAAGAUUCUAUUUAAAAAAUUACAAAAAGAGUCGACAACUGAAGAUACUUGUAAUGAAAAUUCAAGUGGAGAAACCACAAAAGAUGAUGUUGCUAGUGUUGGGAUUGAAACUGAAGCAGUAUUAGGACAUGAAACGACAUAUUCACAGAAGUUGGAGAAAGAACAAUCAAUGAGUCAACAAGGUCCACUUGGAGAAAUCAAUACUACCAUCAAACCACCUCAGAGUGUUGAAGAAGAAACUGCAUUAACAGAUGCCAAGAUAUUAACAACCUCAACUCAUUUAGAGUUAAUCAGUUCAUCACAAGAACAAGAUUUUGCUGUUAGAGAUUCUCUAGAAACUGUUAAGCUUAAUGAUGAUCAAGGAGAUGGAACACAUUUGGAAAGAGACGUUGCUGACAGGGUACAAGGCUUGCGUCUAGGCAUAUAG